GACGGGCUCGCACAAACAGUGCAUUGUGGGUCGAACCCAAGAUGGCUGCGCCCUUGCAGGAGUGCUGAUGAAGUGCUUCUGUGGUGGAUUUCUCUGGAUUGGGUGCUAUUUUCGUGAAAUACAGUUCCCAUAAUCGCCUGAUAGCGACCCGGUUUGUGGCAGAGGAUAACCCGAACCGAUUCAUUGUUAAGUGUGUGCGGUGGCUCGCGUGGCUGUGGCAGACUGUCCGAGUGAAGAUGGGCCUCAUCUCCAGCCCCUUCCCAUAGCGAAGAGCCGUGGGGAAAGGAGCCACAGUUUCCCCUGCAAACACGCGCCCAUUCAGCUUGGAUUUGACGGGUUUGACAUACUCUACAGACUGUGGACGCUGUCUUACAAUUUUCUCACCGGGAUUGUCUGUGCGACGGUCUCUGUCAUUGUCCGAAGACGAAGAGCCUCUCCAGCACGGGUCGAUAGCCCCUCCACAACAAGGAUCCUGAUGAAAAUGGAUGCAGACUUGCUACACUCACCAGCUGUGGGCUUUGCUGAGGAGGAGGCCGACAUGAAUGAUUGGGAGCUACCCCUGGCCUUCAUGAAGAAACGGCACUCAGAAAAGAUAGAGGGAUCUAAAGCACUUGCGCAGAGCUGGAGGAUGAAAGACAGAAUGAAGACUGUGAGUGUAGCACUGGUGUUGUGUCUCAAUGUUGGAGUGGACCCACCAGAUGUGGUCAAGACAUCCCCUUGCGCCAGACUGGAGUGCUGGAUUGAUCCUCUUUCGAUGAGCCCACAGAAAGCUCUGGAGACCAUUGGGGCCAACCUGCAAAAGCAAUAUGAAAACUGGCAGCCAAGGGCACGGUACAAACAAAGCCUGGACCCCACAGUGGAUGAGGUAAAAAAGCUAUGCACGUCACUGAGACGAAAUGCCAAAGAGGAGCGGGUACUCUUCCACUACAAUGGCCACGGGGUUCCACGGCCGACUGUCAAUGGAGAAAUUUGGGUUUUUAAUAAGAACUACACUCAGUACAUCCCGCUGUCCAUCUAUGACCUUCAAACCUGGAUGGGGAGCCCUUCCAUUUUUGUGUAUGACUGCUCCAAUGCUGGAAUCAUUGUCAAGUCCUUCAAACAGUUUGCUCUGCAGCGAGAGCAGGAGCUGGAGGUGGCUGCCAUCAAUCCCAGCCAUCCACUCGCUCAGAUGCCACUGCCACCAUCCAUGAAGAACUGUAUUCAGCUGGCCGCCUGUGAGGCCAGCGAGUUGUUACCAAUGAACCCUGACCUCCCUGCUGACCUGUUCACUUCCUGCCUCACCACGCCUAUAAAGAUUGCCUUGCGAUGGUUUUGUAUGCAGAAGAGUGCCAAGUUGGUGCCAGGUGUGACGUUAGACCUUAUUGAGAAGAUCCCUGGCAGGCUCAACGACAGGCGCACUCCCCUCGGAGAGCUCAACUGGAUCUUCACAGCCAUCACCGAUACCAUUGCCUGGAACGUUCUGCCCAGAGAUUUGUUCCAGAAGUUGUUUCGCCAGGACCUUCUGGUGGCCAGCUUGUUCCGCAAUUUCCUAUUAGCUGAGAGGAUAAUGAGGUCAUAUAACUGUACGCCAGUCAGCAGCCCUCGCUUGCCUCCAACAUACAUGCAUGCCAUGUGGCAAGCAUGGGAUCUGGCCGUGGAUAUCUGCCUGUCUCAGUUGCCAACCAUCAUUGAGGAGGGUACUGCAUUCAGGCACAGUCCUUUCUUUGCAGAACAGCUGACAGCAUUUCAGGUGUGGUUGACAAUGGGCGUGGAGAACCGGAAUCCACCUGAACAACUACCGAUUGUACUGCAGGUUCUCCUGAGCCAAGUGCAUCGACUUCGGGCUCUGGAUCUUCUUGGACGCUUUCUGGACCUUGGACCUUGGGCUGUCAGUCUGGCUCUCUCUGUUGGGAUCUUUCCAUAUGUGCUGAAGUUACUUCAGAGCUCAGCCAGAGAACUGCGGCCAUUGCUUGUUUUUAUCUGGGCUAAAAUCCUGGCUGUGGACAGUUCUUGUCAGGCUGACCUGGUCAAAGACAACGGUCACAAGUACUUCCUCUCUGUGUUGGCUGACAGCUACAUGCCAGCUGAACAUCGAACCAUGGCUGUCUUCAUAUUGGCUGUUAUUGUGAACAGCUAUAGUACAGGACAGGAGGCCUGUCUGCAGGGUAACCUAAUAGCAAACUGCCUGGAGCAGCUUUCGGACCCCCACCCACUGCUCCGCCAAUGGGUAGCCAUAUGCCUGGGUCGCAUUUGGCAGAACUUUGACCCGGCCCGCUGGUGCGGAGUUCGUGAUAGUGCACAUGAGAAGCUCUACACCUUGUUGUCUGAUCCAAUCCCUGAGGUGAGGUGUGCGGCUGUCUUUGCUCUCGGGACAUUUGUGGGAAAUUCCGCAGAGAGAACAGACCACUCCACCACCAUCGACCACAAUGUGGCCAUGAUGCUUGCCCAGCUCCUCAACGAUGGAAGCCCGAUAGUCCGCAAGGAGUUGGUGGUUGCACUGAGUCACCUGGUAGUCCAAUAUGAAAGCAACUUCUGUACCGUUGCCCUUCAAUUCAUAGAGGAGGAGAAAAAUUAUACAGUGCCAUCUCCAGCAAACCCUUCAGAGCUUGGUAACUUGACUCCAGUGAGGGACAGCCCAGCCAUCCCACGUCUGCGAUCUGUCAACUCCUACACAAACAUUCGUGCAGUCACCACUGCCCGCAACCUGAACAAAAGCCUACAGAACCUCAAUCUCAAUGAAGAAGGUGGACCUGCAGCUUUUUCACCUGGAAAUUUGAGCACCAGUAGUAGUGCCAGCAGCACCCUGGGAAGCCCUGAUAAUGACGAGUACAUUCUCUCCUUCGAGACGAUUGACAAAAUGAGACGUGUUUCAUCUUAUUCUUCACUUAAUUCCCUUAUAGGUGUCUCCUUCAACAGUGUUUACACUCAAAUCUGGAGAGUGCUUCUCCAUCUGGCUGCAGAUCCUUUUCCUGAAGUAUCUGACUUGGCUAUGAAGGUCCUCAACUGCAUCGCAUACAAGGCAAUGAUGAAUGCCCGUCCUCAGAGAAUUUUGGAUUCUGGAUCUCUCACCCAGUCAGCUCCGGCUAGCCCCACUAGCAAAGGCACGCAUAUUCAUCAAGCAGGUGGCUCUCCUCCCAUGCCCAGCACCAGCAGCUCAAGCUUGACCAACGAGGUGCCAAAACCCCCCACCAGAGAUCAACCUGCCCCACGUCCCCCAUACACACCCACACUUGGAGGACAAGCACCCCAUUCCCACCAGUUCCCCCGCACUCGUAAAAUGUUUGACAAGGGACCUGAGCAGGCUGCUGAGGAUGGGGAUGAGCCUUGUGGUCACAGAAACUACAUCAGUGCAACCCUACAAACGGGUCUUUGUGAUUGGAGUGCCAAGUACUUUGCUCAACCAGUCACAAAGAUCCCAGAGGAGCAUGACUUGCAGAGUCAGGUGAGAAUGGAGCGGCAGUGGAGAUUUCUGAGAAAUGCUCGCGUCAAAAGGCUAAGCAGAAGCAUCACACAAAAAGGUGUUUCUCGACUUGACGAUCAAAUAUUCAUCAAUCGCAACCCCGGAGUUCCCUCUGUUGUCAAGUUUCACCCCUUCAACACCUGUAUAGCUGUCGCUGACAAGGACAGCAUCUGUUUUUGGGACUGGGAGAAGGGCGAAAGGUUGGAUUACUUCUACAAUGGCAACCCUCGCUACAGCCGCAUCACAGCCAUGGAGUAUCUGAAUGGACACGACUGCUCAUUGCUGCUCACCGCAACAGAUGAUGGAGCAUUGCGUGUUUGGAAGAACUUCGCUGACCAGAAAAACCCGGAGAUGGUGACGGCGUGGCAGGGCCUCUCUGAUAUGCUGCCUACAACCAGAGGUCAGCCCUCCACCAGCGCUCACAGUCUGACCAGAAGGGUCUCCAUCUAUCUUGACAGGAGUAAGCAAGGUGCAGGCAUGGUUGUAGACUGGGAGCAAGAAACCGGACUACUUAUGACGUCUGGAGAUGUUCGAGUUAUUCGAAUCUGGGACACUGACAGAGAGAUGAAGGUCCAGGACAUCCCAACAGGAGCGGACAGCUGUGUGACUAGCCUGUCCUGCGAUUCCCAGCGUUCACUUAUUGUUGCCGGUCUGGGCGACGGCUCUGUUCGAGUCUUUGAUAGGAGGAUGGGGCCAAACGAAUGUCGCAUCAUGACCUACCGAGAGCACGGCGCUUGGGUGGUGAAAGCUCACUUGCAGAAGGAGACAGACGGCCAUAUAAUCAGCGUUAGUGUCAACGGAGACGUUCGAUUCUUUGAGCCCCGCACGCCAGACUCUGUUAACGUGUUGCAGACAGUGAAGGGGUUAACAGCGCUGGACAUUCACCCCCAGGCUAACCUGUUCGCCUGCGGAUCAAUGAACCAGUUCAUUGCGGUUUACAACGCUAACGGUGACGUGAUCAGCAACAUCAAAUACUACGACGGCUUCAUGGGACAAAGGAUUGGGGCCAUCAGCUGUUUAGCCUUCCAUCCACACUGGCCCCACCUGGCGGUUGGUAGCAAUGACUACUACAUGUCAAUCUACUCAGCUGAGAAGAGGCUCAGAUAACACGCCAGCAUCCAACUCCAAAUCCCAUGCCCCCUCACUACCUAAAUACCUGUCCAUUUUGACUUCAGAGACCUUGACCCAGGGUGUACAUCAUCUUGUACAUAUGCAAUCCCCACCUGAAUGUUCCAGUGUUGGCUGCUGACAAACAUGUUCUUAUAUUACCCUUGUCUAUUCUUAUUGUAAAGCUAACGAUUGUAGACUCGGUGGUGCUGAGGAGUGUGUAUAUUUAAAUAGAGAUGAAGAGAAGUUGUAUUUUAUAGAAGCGGAACCCGCCAAUCUUCCUCGCCUCACAGCGAGAGAGCGUCACUACCUGCAUCACCUUUGAACCCCACCCCCAGGUUAAGGGGUCACACAGACAACAAGCACGUAUAAAGCGGGAAACUUUGACUCCUGAAUCCCUUCAUAUUUAUAUACAAUAUAUUCACUACUUGGAAGGAUGGAGGUGAUACUCAUUUUUGUCCAACUUAUCAGUGAGACAUGUUCCGUGUGCGUGUGUAUUUUAUUAGCAUAUUCCCAACCAUGGGCUCCCCCUAGUGGUGCACCUCACCUUGAAAUUCUGAAGAGCAUUAUUUGUCCCGACCUUUGUGCCAAUCUUUUUUUUUUUUUUUUUUUUUUUUUAAAUUAAGAAGUGAUGUUUCUGUUUGCGUUGUUAAGAUUGUUUUACAAGUCUUUUUAAACAAGUUGGCGACAUAAUUGGCCAAACUGCCUCCAAAUACCCACAAAGGAAUCAAAAGCGGUUCAGAAAAAGCUCUUAACAUGCUUAUCAAAACCAAUAGUUGUGCCCGCGACUGUUAUGUGGUCGCCACCACGCUUUGGACUGUUUCCACCCCCACUCAAAAAAACAACUGUUGAAUUCCCAAACCUCACUCAGGUACCUUAACAGCCUCAGUUCAAGUGAAGAGCAGCCACGGUGGGUGAAAAAAGGAUCACCAUCAACGUGCCUCUUCGGGGGCUCAGGUUUGUUUUAUUUUUAAUGUUAUUUGAUUAGUUCUGACAAUGCUGUGUUUUGAUUCCACUUGUAUUUUGCGUGCCUUUUUCCGUGUGAGGUCAAUGGAAAAGAAAUGUGAAAGCCUUAGUUAUACGCCCAAAUACACACAUGUUGCACUUAAAUGGCUGCCUCUCCUCCUCUUUCCAAUCCCACUUUCAAUUCAACUCUUUGCUAUAGCCUGAGAUCUGUUGACUCAAGGUGAACACGGAAGAACUGAUCAGCCAGAGCUCGUUUUCUCCGUGCUUUCACGUGAUACACCCUCAGCCACAGUUGUUUUGGCACAACACCAGUUAUUGCAAUGUUCUUGCAUCAUCUUUUAAGUUUGUAGUUCAGAAACCAAGAGACUUAGUCAUGUGCAGGAACAAUAAAAACAAUCAGGUUUGUCUCUGUGACUUCUGCCUGUGUUGUUGUCUGGUUUAUGAAACAUGAGGUGAAUAAACCAAAUACAACAUUG